UUUUCCACCCAAUCUCUCUCUCUCUCUCUCUCUCUCUCUCUCUCUCCCGCAUCACGUGACCCGCCUCCUCUUCUCCCAUUCUAGAGAGAGAAAGCCGAGCGGAACUGCGAGCUAAAGAACAAAAAACGAGCAAGAACAAGAACCCCCCCACCCCCCAAAGCCCAAAGCCUCUUCUCCAUCACUCUUUAGCUCCCUUCCCUUCUCUACCCUCUCUCUCUCUCUGCGCCUGCUGUCUCUGCUUGUGUCUAGUGUCUGUGCAUGAGCGGUGCGGUCACUGCUUCUUUCUGAACAGGGGGGGGGGGGGGGGGUCGAGAGAGACAGAGAGAAGAGAGACAGAGAUAGAGAUCAGGGGCAUCUCCCUUUCUGCUUCGGUUUUUUCCUCUGCACUGUUUCUUGAGAGUUAGAAAGAGAGAGACAGAAAGAGGGUGUGUGUGUGUGUGUGUGUGGCCGGGGGUGUGUUCUGAAGGGAUAUAUAAAGGGGGGGGAGUCUUGAGACAGGGUCGUUUGUUUUUAAAGAAAUGCAGCAGCACCUGAUGCAGAUGCAGCCCAUGAUGGCCGCCGCUUAUUAUCCUAACAACGUCACCACCGAUCACAUUCAACAGUAUUUGGACGAGAACAAGUCGCUGAUUUUGAAGAUCGUUGAGAGCCAAAACUGUGGGAAGCUGAGCGAAUGUGCAGAAAACCAGGCUAAGCUCCAGAGAAACCUCAUGUACCUCGCUGCCAUUGCUGAUUCUCAACCUCAGCCACCAAGUUUGCAUUCUCAGUAUCCCUCUAGUACCAUUGCACAGCCUGGAUCAUACUAUGUGCAGCACCAGCAAGCUCAGCCGAUGACCCCACAGUCGCUCAUGGCCGCUCGAUCUUCCAUGCUGUAUACCCAGCAACAACCCUAUCCCUCGUUGCACGGGCAGCUAAGCAUGAGCUCUGGUGCUAGCUCAGGGCUGAACAUUUUGCAAAGUGAGAGCAGCCACUCGGGAGGUAGUGGGGCCCUCGGAGGCGGAGGCUUCCCUGAGGGCUUACAGGUUGGCGGGAGAGGAAUGGGGGGUGGGAACAAGCACGAUGUGGGGAGUAGCAGCUCGGGUGAAGGACGAGGUAGCGGCAUGGGCAGUGGUGGCCAGGGUGGAGCAGAUGGCGGCGAGACCCUCUACAUGAAAGCGGCGGACGAUAAUUGAGCGAGGGUGACAGCGAAACGAGCCGUAUGGUCACUUUGUUUUGAUCUCUGAACUUUGAUGAGGUAGGGAAGCAAGAGGGGUAGAAGAACUUUGCUUCUUUUUGGUUUUUCUAGUUCCAUGCAAUGAAGGUCUUAAAUCUUGCAGUCUGUUCAAGAGGCAGGCCAUGCACUUCUAUGUCAGCGUAUCAUGUAAAUUUUGUAGGACAGUGCUCAUGAUGUUUGAAAAGUUGCCUGACCUCAAUGAAAUUCAUGUGCUUCUUUUGACAGAUCCAAAUGGUGGUUUUAGUCGCAUAAUCAGCUAUCCCGUGUCUAUGACUCCAUAUAUAAUUGAAGGAUUCUGUUAAAGAGUGCCUUCAGACUACUGAUUAAACAAUCAUUCCAAGAAACUUUGUAGUUUCUGAUA